AUUAACCCGUUGAUAAAUACUCCGUGCUUACGUCGAUGAACUUUAACGCGUAAAAGCAGCUAGUUGAUAAAUAACUAGAUGUGUUCGUAAUUUUAGAAAGGUGAGAAGCCGCAUGUUAACUGGUAUAAAACGAGACGAUGUUAGAUUGAGGCAUUUUGACGAUGAUAAAAAUGCCGCAUCACCACCGAUAUAACAAUUAGAAAUAUUUGCAGCAGAACUUGUUACUCAGACCGUCGUUAAAAAAAAUAGGCACAUAUAUCACAUUUACAGAACAUAAAAAUUAGAACCUCAUAAAUAACAAACCCCCAAUAUGACAUCCACAUCCACAGUAGCAGGGUGGUACAACGCCAACGCCAACCUCGAACACAACCGCCUCAUCACCAACCGCCUCGAAUUCGCCAUCUCCCUCCACAUAAUCCAACAAUCCCUCUCCUCCCUCCCACCCACCACCGGACCAAAGGAAAUCCUCGAUCUCGGUGGAGGCACAGGCCGCUAUGCCGUCGAAUUAGCCAAGCAAGGGCACAAUGUAACACUCGUCGAUAUUUCCCAAACCGAGCUCGAGCAAGCUAGACUACAUGCUCAAGAAUCCGGCGUGGCCCUGGCAAAUAUCACCUGCGCCAACGCUCUCGAUAUCCGCAGCGUCCAAGAGGUGUUCCGAGAGAACUACUAUGACCUCGUCCUCUGCCAGGGACCACUCUACCAUCUCCUCUCCAUCGACGAACGCCUCCACGUCCUACACUCAUGCAUGACAGCCACUAAGCGGGGUGGAUUCGUAAUCGCAGCUUUCGUGACGAAGUACGCGCAUCUCCGUGACCUAGCACAGCGAGAGCCGCUGAGGCUGGUGAUGGAGGCGGGGUUUUAUGCGGAGUAUUUGGAGACGGGGCAGUAUACGAGGAAUCCAAGGAAUGUAGGGCAUCAUACGUAUCGGGAGGAGGUGGGGGCGCUUUUUGGGACGUGUGUUGGACGGGAGGGGGAGGUGGGGGUGAGGUUGGAGGUGGAGAGGAUGGUGGCUUGUGAGUCGUUUUUGGGUGGGGGGUUGGCGGCGGGGUUGAAUGGGUUGGAUGAGGAGGGGUUUAGGAGGUGGUUUGAGGUUGCGUUGGGGGCGGCUGAGGAUUUGGAUGUGGGGACUGGGGAUCAUUUGCUUGUGGUUGCGAGGAAGGUCGUUUCUGAGGUGGUUUGA